AGACAGAAAUUUCUUUGGAUUUUCUCGAUCGGCCUGACAACAGCUAUAUAAAAACAGUGUCUUAAAAGAUAAUAAAGAAAUCAAAAUGGUGUUGAGUGCUUUUUUACUUUUAUUCUUGUCCACGGAAUUAGCCGCAGCUCACAGAAUUCUCUUCUUGUCGCCAAUCUCAACACGCAGUCACACCAACUUCGUCAAACCAAUAAUCAAGGGAUUGGUGGAACGGGGCCAUUUCGUCACCUAUUGGAAUGGAUUGAUACCGAAAAAUCAGGGGACGAAUGCACUUAAUCAAACAACCAAUUUACGUCUGCUUUACUCACCAGAACUAGAUGCGCUCAGCAGCGAUCACAACGUCGAUUUCAGCGCUGGAACUAAAAAUUUCUAUCUUUUAUUUGAAUUGCCAAAGAGAGUAGAGCUCUAUUGUAAAACCAUCUAUCGAGAUCCCGUUUUUCAUCAGCUAAUGGCUUCACACGAAAAAUUCGAUUUGAUCAUCGUAGAGGCAGCUGUAAACGAAUGCAUUCUUCCGCUAGUCUAUAAAUUCGAUGCACCCUUUAUCUACACCAUGGGUGCCAUGCCCAUGCCUUGGCAUCUGGAUGCCGUCAGUUCACCACUCGCCUUCGACCAUUAUUCCCACGUAGGUUCAGCCUAUAAGGAUGAGAUGAAUUUUUGGCAGCGAACAUACAACACCCUGACCGGCAUCUUGGCCGUCUAUUACUGGCGUUGGAUCGUAAUGCCCGUGGCCGAUCACCUCGCAGCCGAGACGUUGCAUAUCGAAAACCUGCCAACGAUGGAGAGGAUUGAAAACAAAUAUCUGAGCCUAUUGAUACUCAACACUAACCUGGGCCUUAAUUACCAGAUGGCAACUACGCCAGCAGUGAUCCAAGCUGGCGGUAUAAACCUCGGUCCAGCUAAACCGCUCCCGCACGAUUUAGAAAAGUUCGUGAGUGACUCUGGUGAUGCCGGAUGCAUCAUCGUCAGCUUCGGUUCACUUUUAAGAAACUCCGAUAUUCCGGAUGAUGUGCGUCACAUUUUCCUGUCGACAUUCGCCCGGUUGCCCCAACGCAUCCUGUGGAAAUGGGAGGACGAAAGUAAAAUUAGACACGGCGAAUCAAUUCCACCUAACGUCAAAUUAAUGUCAUGGUUACCGCAAGCCGACCUGCUUGGACACCCGAAAAUGCGUCUGUUCAUCACGCACGGCGGAGUCAACAGCAUCCAAGAGGCAGUGUAUCAUAACAUCCCAUUGAUAGUUUUACCCGUUUUUAUCGAUCAACCUAUUAACGCCCAAAAAGCCCAGGAUGACGGUUAUGCCAUUCGACUCGAUUGGGACAAUUUGACAGAAGAAAUUCUAUUCAACGCCAUUGAGCAGAUCCUCACCAAUUCAAGCUACGCGGAAAAGAUGGAAAAAGUAUCGGAGUUGAUGCGCGAUCAAAUGGAAACGCCAUUGGAUCGUGUCAUUUACUGGAUUGAAUACAUUAUCCGUCACAAAGGCGCCCCCCAUCUGCGGACGGCUUCACGCAAGCUUUCUCUACACCAGCGUUUUCUCUUCGACGUGAUGCUCUUCGUUUUCUUGGUCGGUAUCUUGAUGUUUUCCGUACUCACUCGUGUUUUACGCUACGUCAGCUGCAAAGGUACAAUUCAGAAGUGCGAUCUAAAAAAGAAGAAUUAAUCAUAGAGCUGAAUAGAAAAAUGUGUUUCGUCUAUACCGAUACUACUAGUAGCACGAUGACUUGGUGCACUUCAUAGCACCCACGGCGCCAUUUCUGUUAAAACUGAAUGCAAUAAAAUAAACAUAAUCAUGAAAAAGAAA